UAUUUGGAUUUUUCUCUUUUCUAUGGUUUGCACUUUUAAAAUUCCAAAAAAAAAGACAAAGAAGAAAAAUAUGCAUAACGUAUGCAGCAUACAGGAAAGAAGUAAUUUAGAAAUCAUUUUAUAAAAAUACAGUGAAAGAACGUAAGAAAUUGGCUGUAAUUCGAAGCAACAAUAAGGAAAAGUAGAGGGAGACGGGCAAAUAGGCGACACUAAAGUAAAUAUGGCAGGAUCAGCGUUAAGACGUUUAAUGGCCGAAUAUAAACAACUUACUUUGGAUCCACCGGAAGGCAUAGUUGCUGGGCCAAUCAGCGAGGAUAACUUUUUCGAGUGGGAGGCUUUAAUAGCCGGUCCUGAAGGAACUUGUUUUGAAGGCGGUGUAUUUCCUGCACGCUUAAUAUUUCCUCCCGAUUACCCAUUAAGUCCACCCAAAAUGAAAUUUACCUGUGAAAUGUUUCAUCCUAAUAUUUUUGCCGAUGGUCGUGUAUGCAUAUCAAUAUUACAUGCUCCCGGUGACGACCCGAUGGGCUAUGAAUCUUCUGCUGAACGUUGGAGUCCCGUACAAAGUGUAGAAAAAAUUUUACUUAGUGUCGUAUCAAUGCUGGCUGAACCAAAUGAUGAAUCUGGGGCCAAUGUGGAUGCAGCAAUUAUGUGGCGUGAACGUCGAGAAGAAUUUAAUCAAAUAGCCAAACGUUUAGUACGCAAGACAUUGGGUCUACCCUCAUAAUUAUUGUGGUGCACCGCGUGUCCCGUAUGCAAAAUCAACAGUUUCGAGUGAAAAGUUAAUAUUAAAGUACAUAUAUCGCUAAUUUCCCCUCCCCAACACGAUUUAGAUUUUAUUUUACAAAAUUUAAGCUUUUAAAAAUUUAAAUAUUUUUUUAUUUUUUAAAACAAUCAUGGUU